AAUUCUUUUCCACACUAUGGGCAAUACAAUCACAAAUCGUGGCAAAUCUCGCAAUUCCACCAGCUACACCCCCUCCAUCUUCAAUAAAAGUAGCCUGCAACGUCAACGCAAAGCGGCCAAACAUCACUAUGAACUAAGAUCGAAAACACUGCCGGCACGCAAUCGCAAUGUGUUAAAUGGUGGUGUUGGUGGUGAUGAUGAUGAUUUAGAACCAUCUACAGCAAAAACUUUACCCACACAAAAGCCCCAGUUGCAAUCAACACCCACCACUCCACCGCCCCCCAAUGGUGAAACUUCCAGAGUAUUAUUUUUAUUGUAUUUAAUACAUCGCACUUGGAAUGUUAUCACCGAUACCAAGAGUAAAAGUUCCCAUGGCAAAGUUUCCAAGAAACCCUCAAAUCAUGAUUCUUUUUAUGAAACUGAGAGUAAUUUUUCUCUAUCAAUGACCGAAUUAUAUGGCGCUGGUUCUCAGUGUUGUUCUCAGCGUUCUGUGUGCAGCUGUAGUUCUUGUUAUAAUGAUACAACCGUUGAUCAAAAUGUUUAUAAUUCCAUAGAUGAGCAAUUUUCACAAGAUUCCAUUAGCGAUAAAAUGGAAUGUGAUAUUAAAAGUGAAUUUUCAUCGAUUUCCCAUAAUUAUCAAAUGGCUCCGAGUGUUUGUCAAACAUCACCUAAAUUACCGCCACACAAUAACACACAAUCUGGUGUGCAUAGUGGUGGUGGCGGUGUUGGUGUAGGGGGAGUUAAUAAUGGUGGUCAAGUUGGCGGUGGUACAUCAUCAUCGAUUACACAACGCAGUAAUUGUGGCAGCAGCAGUAUCAAUGGUUCAAUGGCUUCGUAUAAAAUGUCCACAACAUCGGACACUAGUUGGUCACAGACACAGUAUAGCAAGGACAACCAACGACCACCCGUUUAUAAUCCCGAAGAUUAUGUAGUGGCUUUAAAGAAAUUUGGCAAACGGCAAAGUGGACCAAACCCCAAGUCCAUAUAUGAUGGCUCAGAUGUAACAGAAGAAAAUUCUAAAUCGGCUACACUACCACACAAGCAUUCGGAAUACAACAGAAGCCCUAUUAUAGCACCGGAAGCUAAUGAAACAGAAAUGUCUUUGCGUCAAUUUGCCACCAUAACAGAUUUGUUAACUAAGCUAAGAGCAGAUUUAAGAGUAUCGUUUCCCAGUUUUGUUCAAGAGUUUGUGGCCUCACCCUCGGAUGGCGUUAGUUUAUUGUUGGAGGUUUUACGUUCGAUACAACUGUCGCAGGCUGUAAAUGCUCCCUUGAAUAUGAUCAACAAUACCGGUACCAUGCCCAGGAAUUCCCAGAGUUAUCAAAGACGAGCUUUAUUAGAUGAAUUGGCUUGUUUGCAAUGUUUGAAUAUUUGCUGUUCCCGCUCAUUGGAGGCUACUUCACGCUUGGGUACCACUCCUGUGGGUCUAAUGCCUUUGGCUUCUUCGGCCACGGGUCAGGGUAUAAGGGCCCGAAUUCUGGCAAUGCAAUUAAUGGCCAAUGCUUGUGAUAAACAAACAUUUGGUCAUGGUAAUCAAAAAUUAGCCAUGGCUGGCCAUACUGCGGUAUCAGAAGCCAUGUCUACUUUGCGCUUAAGAUGCAGUGAACCGGUACGUUUUCGUUUGCUUAUGGGUAUGCUAAAUAGUGGAGGAGGCUCGGGAGAACUACAAGCUGUGGGUGUUAAAUUCAUCAAUGGUUUUUUGGAGAGCUCGGAAAAUUUGCAGCAACGUUUAUAUUUGCAGGCAGAACUUUUUCAGGCUGGCUUUGAUCCCAAUAAUCUGGCAAAGACCAUUUCUUCCUCCUCUCCUUGGCUGGAAGUUUUACGCCACGAAUUGAAACGUUUCAGUGACAUUUAUGUGGAUGUGGACAAAAUGAUUAACCAGGCCAGAGAAGCAGAACGUGUGCGCAGCCAAAUGGUUAUUUUAGAAAGAAGAGUUCAAAUAUUGCAUGAGGAAAAAUCUGUAUUAACUUCCAUGGAAAGACGUUUGCAGGAGCGAUGUGCCGAACUCCAAAGAGAAAUAUUUCGUUUACAAGGGGCACAAAACGAAAAUACGUUCAAGUCUUUGGACAAACAGGGUAUAUCCUUGCCGCGUCAUAUACCUCCAGGAAAACAGGAUUCCUCGGAGCAUGAGGACGAAGGCAUUAGUAGCUCUGACACAGGACCCUCACUAUCACCAGUACCCAUUUUGGUGUUGCCACAAAAAUCAAAUAAAAAUCUCAACAAUACGGAUGCCGACAUAGAAGAUGUUAUGGAGGAAUUGGACAAUGUGGUAAAUGAGGCUGAAAAACAAAUAACUUCGAAUGAAUGUAAAUUUUCACAGUUGAAUACAGAAGCCAAGGAAAAAGAAAUAAUACCAGUGAAUAUAGUGCCUCAACCGCCCAGAAAAUCGCGCUCCCUGGCCCAUUUAGUACAACCUGAUGGCUCUGAAAUGGAUGGCUCCGAGUACGGCAUGUUAAUGAUGCAAAAACAGAUAACACAAAAUCAAGAUGAAAGAGUGGCGGCUUUAAAGACAUUUUUCGAUGAGUCCGACUAUAUUAUACAAGAUCAUGAUAAAUCAUAUCAUAGAUCCAUAUUAGACUCACCUGAAAUACCUGAAAAUUCCACAAAUCAACAGAAUGCUUUCAAUACUCCCAAUAAUACCACCAGAGAGCUUUUAGAUGUCAUCAUGAAUGCCCGCCAUUGUGAAGAUGAUCCCACUUUAAAGGCUUUGAGAGAUGGCAACGAUAAUGUUAAUGAAGAUGAUCUGGCGGCCAAUGAGGCAGUAUUAAAUACACAAAAUAAACGUCAUAGUUUUGCCGAGGCCACCAAUAGUGCCACAGCGCCGGCCCAACAUUUUAAUGGGGUGUUCUUUAUGACCGGCAUGAAUACACCACAGAAAUAUCCCAAGCCCGAUUUGACAGCGGCUUUGCAAGCUAAAAGAGUAACAAAGAAUGUGGAACGUUUAGAAGCUGUAUUUGCCAGCCAUAAUGAAACCUUUACCGAGGCCACCAGAGGCCAGCAACUAAUACCCACAAAUAGGGAGAAAUCCAAAAGCAAUCAACAGAUAUAUUUCGGCAGCAAUCCUACCAUAAGAAUUGGCUCAUACACCAGUCAAACCAGCCGGCCUGAUAUACUUAACACCAAUAAUGUCAAUAGUCGAACCAGAUCAUAUACCCAAGGUUCCAAAGUCACCGAUAUACCAUCAGGUUUAUAUUAAACUCAUCACAUCUGAAGAAAAUCUCAUUUAAAUUAAA